AUAUUUCAUAAACUACCAGUUGAUUACAAAUUUGUUACGGUAUCAGGUUGAUGAAAGUUUUAAAUUGUGCAGUAUUGAUUUAGUGACUAAAAUGGCAUCUAAAGUAUUUUGAAUGGAUAAAUCAUGUAAGGGAAAUGCAUGUUUCGUUGUUUACUGUUACUCAAAGAUGACCAACAAUGGCUUGCCCCUAUUUGUACCGGACCCGAUUUUAUAUUGCCUAUGUGGCUAAAUCAUUUUUAGUCUGCAUAAUGACAAUUAUUAUAUUCUUUUUUGUUCGCCAUAUCUUAUACUCACGGGGCAUCCUUUUAAAAAUAAAGAUGUCGAAGCACCAUGCAGAAUCACAAAUUAAGGCAUUUUCCUCAGUUCUCGAGACAGAUAUCGAUGCCUACUCAGAUGAAAAAGCUUUGUCCGACGAACAGUUAAAAUUAGUUAUCGAGAAAAUUUUACCCAGUUUACCAAAAAUUAAAAAGGAUUGGAAAUCGGAUGCAAAAAGGGGAUACAAUCAAACUUGUGCUAAUUUUUUUUACAGGUUUGUACUACCUCUAAACAUUGAGUACCGCAAUUCAUACUGGCAAUCUCAGAAAACUAGCAACGGUACGUUUCUGUUAUACAAUGCAUAUUUGGAUACUAGAUCGGAAAAUACACUUGGUCCUACUGUAAGAAUUGUGGGAAUGAUAGAUAUACACAAAAUUAAUUCAACUACAUAUUGUCAUCUUUGGUUUAACGGUACAAACAACCCAGUAAUCGUAAAAACCUUUGAACAUAGAAGUAUCUGGUGGUUCGGAAAACCACAAAAAGGUUAUUUUAUACCGUAUCUAAUAUCAUGCGUUUUGCCAAAGAAGUUUAGCAAACGAAUUCCGGAAUCUAUUUCCUUGGUGGAAAGAGAGUGUGAUAAUGCAACUAAUCGCUUAAGAGUUCUAUACGACAACCCAGGAAAAAAAGAAGAUUUUGCUGUUUGUGUAAAAGGCUUAACUUAUCCAAACGAUAUUUCCUCUAGAUUGUCGGAGUGGAUAGAAAUGUUAAAUGCUACAGGCGUAAAUAAAAUAUUUUUCUACGAGCUCUACACACAUCCGAAUAUAAGAAAAAUUUUAAAUUAUUAUGAGAAAAUAGGGAAAAUUCAAGUUACUUCUUUAACGUUACCGGCAGGCGCAUCGAAUGUUCCGUUUUUACAACAUUUUUAUCUAGAGAAACAAGGUAUAAGAAAAAGACUUAAUGAAAUUGUUCCAUACAAUGAUUGCUUUUACAGAAACAUGUAUCGAUACAAGUACAUUAUUGUGAUCGAUACAGAUGAAGUGAUAGUUCCUAUGAAAGAUGACAAUUUAAAAGCACUGAUGCACAGAGUGAAAAUGAAGUUAAUAGCAAAAGGAAAAAUUGAACGCGGAUCUGCAUAUACUGUGACCAAUGUUCAUUUUGUUAAUCGUUUAACUCAGGAUAAAACUAUACCCAAGCACAUGUAUAUGCUUCGACAUACCUACAGAGAAAAGAAAAUGCACACUAAAGAGUUCCUUAAGUCUUUUGUAAACACUGAAAAAGUGUUAACACUUUUCAAUCACUACCCACUUGGAUGUCUUAAACCUGGACCUUGUCUCAAAUAUCAUAUAGAUUCCGAAGACGCACAUUUGCAACACUACAGAGAAAAUUGUAAAAUCAAAUGUAAAGGGGAACAACAAUCCAUUGUAACCGAUGAAUCAAUUUGGAAAUAUAGAGAUAUACUUAUAAAAAGAGUAAAGGAUACAUUAAAUAAUACAGGACUGAUUAAAAAAUAAACAAUAGUAUCUAACAA